AUGGGGCCUGCGUUGGUUGCAGCGGAUGUGACUACAGAGGAGGGUGACGUCACGCGAUGGCGAGUGACGUACCGCGUGUGGGACGCUGGAAACUACAGCGUCCUGGUCCAAUCAGAGUGCGACACGUUGGACUUUGCUCAUGAUUACUUGGAGCGAGUCAACAGCACGGGAUCACAUGUCAUGGCUCAGUGGGUCCUCACCGUCCUCCCAUCCACCAAGUCGUUCACCGAACCAGUCACCGAACCAGCUGCUGCAGCCGAAUCUCAACCCAGCAGCAAGUUCUUUCAUGAGGCAACGGACGGCCCAGAUUCGCCCUGUGACCAUUCCAUCCACGGCCGCUGGCUCUUCACCCCCCAAAAGCAAGCCUACACGUGGCAGCUCUACCCAUGCGCGCACCCCCUCCCCACCACCUCCCAAUGGGUCUACACCCUUCAAUCCCGGGGCAUUUCCGAGAUUAACUUUGUCGGAGAUUCCCACUUGCGAUUCCUCUUCCACCAUCUCUACUUCCUCCUCACUGGCAAGGCCAAUGCAUCUACUGUCAAGUUUCACGGAGAUAUCCGAUUGGUCGUGCCACCCCCUAGCCCGGAGCUGCUGCCCCUGAAGCUGAAUUUCUAUUGGAUCGGAGGGAUCUACGUCGACGGGCCUUUUGGCUGCGUGUAA